CAUGAUGGCUGUGCAAGGAACUGUGAGUCCAGAAGAAGUCAAAAGUAGAACAGAAAUGAAUCCUGAACAGUUUAUGAAUAUUAGUGAGAAAAUUCAGUACUGGGGAUAUCCCUCUGAAGAAUAUGAAGUGCUUACAGCAGAUGGGUAUUACCUGAGCCUAAACAGAAUUCCAGGAGGAUCAAAGGCUGCUGUAUUGAUGAUACAUGCCCUGAUUAAAGAGGGUGGUGGCUGGGUAGAAAACCUGUCCCAUAAUAGUCUAGGCUUCAUCUUAGCUGAUGCAGGAUAUGAUGUGUGGAUUGGCAAUAACAGAGGGAAUACAUGGUCUAGAAGACAUGAACACUUUACUAUUGACCAACAAGAAUUUUGGGAUUUUAGUUUUCAUGAAAUGGCUAUCUAUGACCUUCCAGCCUUCACAGACUUUAUUCUGCAGAAAACUGGACAGGAACAAUUCUAUUUUGUUGCCCAUUCUGAGGGAAGCACCAUAGCCCUGUUUGCAUUUUCUGUACUGCCCCAACUUGCUUCAAAAGUUAAGAUGCUUUUUGCCUUGGGACCUUCAUAUACACUUCAAUAUAGUAUAGCUCCUCUUUUGCAGCUGCUACGCUUACCAGACAUAUUUCUGAAGUUUAUAUUCGGUACAAAAGAAUUAAGUUUGCUGAGCCCAAGACUGAGAGCGUUUGUGUCCCGAACAUGCGGCUACAAACUGAUAGAUGUACUCUGCAAGCAAGCUCUUUUUCUUGUUGGUGGAUUCAAUGAAAAAAAUCUGAAUACGAGCCGGGUUGAUGUGUAUACAGCGUUAUUUCCAGAUUAUACUUCUGUGAAGCAAAUAAUCCACUGGGGCCAGUUAAUUAAAACACGAGAAACCAGGUACUUUGACUAUGGCUCAGAGAACAUAGAGAAAUACAACCAGACCAUUCCUCCCUUGUAUAGAAUAGAAGACAUCACGGUCCCAGUAGCAAUAUGGACUGGAGGUCAGGACUGGGUUUCCCAACCAGAGGAAGCAGAACAGUUAAGCUCUCGGCUGAAAAAUGUCAUUCAUUUCAAGUAUUUGCCUGACUGGAACCAGUGGGAUUUCAUUUGGGGCCUUGAUGCUCCUCAACGGAUGUACUCAGAAAUUCUGGAUUUGAUGGAGAACAGCUGAAAUGGUUUGAGAUGGAAGAUUUGGUUUUGUUGUGUCACCUGUUUGCUUCAAAAGGAUAGUCUUGUGGUUUAUAUUAUUUUAAUGUAAAAGUGUAAGUUUUCCAGCUGGUGGAUUACUUUCAUUCUUAGAACCCCAAUUUCAUCUCUUUCCAAGCUCUACUAACAAGAAAACGUACAAAUAUCUGAGAGUCCCAGGUCUGAAAUCUUUACUUUGCCAUGGAAGCUCGUGGGGUGACUUUAAGCUAAUCUCACACUC